CAGUUGAUGUAAUUAAUGCUUUUUACACUGCGACUGAUUAUACCGACGUUGAUGAUACUUAUCUGGAACCUGAUAGAUUAUCACUUCCACGUACAAUUUUGGAUUAUUUUUCCGGAAGACGUGAUUUUACAUAUGGAGCAACUAUAGGUGCAGUAUCUCAAUGUUAUAAACCAUAUGUUAGUAAACCGUUAAAUAUUGCACUUGGAUUAGUAGAACCAUCUCCAUGGAAUCAUUAUCCACAAAAUAUUUUAAAUUAUGCUGUUGGACUACAAAGGUUUGAUGUUUCUAAUUAUUCUCAAACUGAGGCUAAAGGCGUUUUAAAUUAUUAUUAUGAUAGUUCGUCAAUAUCACAAA